AUGCGCGGCCAGGCAAGACUGUCGGCAUUGCUAUCGCGGGUGAGGCCGCCGUUCGUUCCGCCAUCAACGAAGGCAGGGAGAUGGGUGCACACGGAAGCUGUGGGCGGCUUUGGGGGCAACAACGCCUCCUUCUACGAGAACACGAGGCCGGGAUAUCCCGCUCACGCAUUGAGAGCUAUCGAGGCUGAGAUUCGCCGAAGCGGUCUCACCGGUAGCGGGGAGCUCUUGGUGGAUCUCGGCGCUGGUACAGGGAAAUUCACGCGCAACAUCCUUCCGUUCGCUCUCUCGGAAGGUGCCGGAGAGGCCAUUCCUAUCCCGGAUUCCUCGGCCAGAGCGUUGGUCGCACCCCAAAGCUUUCACUGGAUGUCUUCGGCGGCUACCCUGCGAGAGGUACACAGGGUGCUCGUGCCGGGCGGGCUGUUUGUGCUUAUGUGGAACACCCGCGAUUGCACAAGGCCAUGGGUGCGGUGA